CAGGAACGUGAAAAGAUGAAGACCAUGAAAAUCCAUGAGAAAAUGACAUACUCCACUAAAGUAAAAGCAAAGCAAAAAGGGUUCAGGAAAGCUUUGCAAAAGGAGGAGGAGGAAGAAAACAGAAAACAGGCAACAGAUGAAGAAAGACUGAAAGCUCUUCAGGAGUGUCUUUCGUGGAAGAUAGCCAUUAAAAAAGAUUACCCAUUAGAAAAGGAGACCUUCCGCGACUACAUAAAUGACAGAAGAGAAAUAUUUUUACUUGAGUAUGCCAUGGCAGUGAAGAGAGAGGAGAUUCAAAGGAUAGAGAACAUAGCAAAGAAAGAGGAAAAAAAGCUGGAAAAGGCUGAACACCGCCUGGAGAAGGAUGUUGCCAUGUUUGACGAGUUCCUGAAGGAGAACCACAAAAAUUCUGUUCAAGCCCUGAAAAUUGCUGAAAAAGAAUCUGCAGCAAAGACAAAGAAAAUAACAGAGAUCCAGAUGAUCAAUUCCCAAAUAAACAACCUCCAAAGUGACAUAUCCAGAUUUGAGAAUACUCUGCAGGAGUACAAGAUCUACAAGGACUUCCUCUAUCAGCUAUCUCCAAAAGAGUGGCAGGAGGAACGUGUGAAAAAGAACACAAAGCAGUUGAAAACAGCCUCCAAAGCUAACAAAGAAAGCGUCUCCUCUCCCACCGCUGCAGAGGAGGGUAAGUGCCAUGGAAGAGCUGCCCACUGCUCACCAGGACAGCUCCAUGCUCUAAGUCUACACCCCUUCUUGUGUCCAGGCCCAGACCUGACAGCUGGGAUUAAUGCUGCCUGUCCAUACACUACAGGUUAUACAGAUGCGCCAAGUUCUCUGCUGUCUGCAGAAAGUUUGAAUUUAAGCCUAUUACGUGAGAUCAGGCCACAGCUCAAAAGCCUUCUGAAGCCUCUCUCAACAAAAAAAAUAAGUUCACUGGAGGAGCAAGACAGCGAAACCUGCUCAGACGAAGAAGAUGAGGAGCCUGAGCUAUAUUUUACUGAUCCCCAACAACUGCUGUCUAUUUUCACGGAGAUGGAGGAAGAGAACUUGUCCUUCAUGCAGAAUUCCCAGGAGAUAGAGGAAUGUUUGGAUGAGCUCCAAAACACUUUCAUCACCACACACCAAAGGACGGAGCAGGAGAUAGGACAGCUGAAGCAGGAUGUGGUCAACCUCAAAUCCACCAUCGCCAAAGAAGAAGAGAGGGCAGCAGAUCUGAAGCACAGAGUUCAAGUCUUUUCUUCUGAAGAACACAAUGCUGAUGUCCAGGACAAAAUGCUCACAAGCUUGAACAAAAAGGUGCAGGAGGUCUACAGCCAGUGCAUUGGAGACAAUGAGGCAAACCUGCCGACAGUGCAGAUGCUAGCAGCGAUAGAAAAACAGCUCAAUGAUUUACUGGACAACCUGGAGAGAGUGCCACCAGAAAAGAUAGCACAGAUUGAGAAAGCCAAAGAAAAGGAACGGAGGAUAAGGCUCAGAGAGGAAAAGCUAAAGCAACAGAAGAAGCUGCAGGAGGAGAGAUUGCAACGGGCCCUGGAAAGAGCACAGGCAACCAUAAAAAUAAAGACUGGCAGGAGGCUGAUGUUCCGCUCCAGUCCACCCGCCAAGAAGGAAAAGAAGAAGCGCAGCCAAGAACAAAUGGAUAAGGAGAAGGAAGAACUACUCUAUUAUUUCACUUGACAGCACAGCCUUUGCUAUACCAUGUAGGGCUGAU